AUGUCAAUCGCAAUUCGAGCAGAUGAGCCAAUCGCCGUCGAAGAAGAAGUGAACAAUAUAAAUCGCGACGAUCCGAUUGUUGUUGAUAACAUGCCACACAUACAAACCAAAUCGAAGCCUUCACAGGUGUAUUAUCUCUGGCCUUGCUACGGCCUCUACGCCAUGGCAGUCGGCAUGACAUUUGCGCCGAAUCUGGAAGUGCGGUCCAAGAUAAUCUGCGAAGGCUACAACACUCCCAACUGCCAAGAAGUCCCCUCAUUCAAAAACGAUGUCGCAGAUCUCACGAUAAAACUUUCACUAAUCACCGGCAUUUUGGCCUGUUUAACGACACCUUACUGGUCAAGUCUCAGCGACAAAAUCGGCAGACUACCUGUAAUCACGCUCACUAGCGCCGGAUACUUCAUAUGUAACGCCAUUAACGCGUAUGUCUCAACAAGGCUCAACCCGAGUGAGAUGUAUUUGCUCUACGUGAGUGCAGCAUUUGAUGGCAUCUCUGGUAGUCAAAGCACAGUAAUGGCUAUCAGCCAUGCUUAUGCUAGUGAUUGCACGGACAAUGGCAGUAGAGCUCACGUUUUCUCUCAACUGAUGGGUGUGUUAUUUCUAGGCGUCGCUGCUGGUCCUGCUCUUGCCACUUUCGUUACUAGGUACACGCGCAGUUUCGAACAUGCAUUCAUUGCUGCAGCUGUUGCAUCGAUUUUGAUGCUGGUCAUUUCACUCAUUAUUCCUGAAUCUUUGCCUAAACAGAAAAAAGAGCAUAUUCAUUCACAGCAAUCUACACACUCCAUGCACUCGUUGUUUAGAACACCCUCCGUCCUCGACAACUUCAAGAAACCAUUCUCGAUCCUCGCUCCACGUACAGAUCCAGACGAUAAAUCAAUCAAUGUCAACCUCCUAGCACUCAGUGUUGCAUACUUCCCCAUAGUACUUGCUAUAGGUGCUGUGCAGAUCAAGUUUCUCUACACCAAAUUCAGAUUCGACUGGGACGUUAGCCAGUUGGGUACUUUUAUAGCGUACAUUGGCACAGUUAGGGCUUUAGCACUACUAGUAGUAAUUCCAACAACCAUCAAAACCUUAAGACGCUACCUCAAACCAGCAGUUGAGUUGCCGACUACAACGAUUUACGAAGACGAAGAUGAAGAUACCAUUAACGAGGACUUGCUAGCCAAGUACACAGAUCAAGGUGAAAUCAAAUUCGAUUUGGUCUUGUUGAGAGUAUGUUUGAUCGCAGAUUCAUUGGCGUAUGUCGGUUUGGCGUUGAGUGGAAACAUUUUCACUUUCGCUGCAUUUUCAGCAGUCUCAGCUCUCGGCGGUGGUGCUAAUCCAGCUGCCAUCUCUAGCUUAGCGCUAUUACUGUCACCGAACAAAUCAGAAUCCAGUGGCGCUGUCCUCGGUGCCUUUUCCAGCGUUCAAUCUGCAGGUGCUCAAAUUAUAGGACCUGCUCUAUACGGACUGAUUUACUCACAUUCCCCCAAUUCACUAUUUCUAGUAGUUAUUGGAUCAACAUUUUUCAUCUCUUUGGCAGCAACUUUCUUUGUCAAGUAUUGUUAG